AUGGCCUCUACACUUCCGGUAUUAUGUCUUCACGAGAUAUUUCAAUUGUUGAUUGACGAUCCAAGAACAUUACACUCUUGUCUAUUAGUGAAUAGACACUGGUGUCAUAAUGCAGUCUCAUAUUUAUGGCGAACACCAUUUCAAUGCACGGACGCAAGUUACUCUUCAUCGGUCUCACUUAUCAACGCUUUGCUCUCGAGUCUCCCCGAUGAGGAUAAGGAAAGAAUAGGAAUCGAAGAUAUAGACACAGCCGCAUUUUCAUAUGCAAACUAUUUAAGACAUUUAGACUUUGUGAACUUGGCACGAGCAACUUCUGAUUGGCGUAGCGCAAGUUGCGUUCAAGCAUCUCCACAAUCCGUAUUGCAAAUAUUGUGUCGUCAUAUAUUAGCUAGUGAUGCAGUAUUCUUUGACUUACAAUUGGACUUUGAUACUUCACUAGAUGAUUAUGAUUGGAGCGAAGACGAUUGGAGGUUUUUCCAUUUCCCUGGAGCUGAUCGUUCUUUAUCACAAUUAAGAACACUAAGCUGUUUCGGGGCUUAUGAUCCGACACUUCUAUUAUCGGCAUCAGCUCUAUGCACGAAAAUCGAAUCAAUUGAGGUCUCAUUAGACACUUUUGGAUGGACUAGAUAUCAACGUGGUGAACUGAUGAUUAAAGCUGGAGCAGAGACGUUAGUCACAUUGAUAACUAAGCAAGAAAAUCUAGAACGAUUCCAUCUUCAAGAUUGUCCUUUUCGUGGAUACGCUAUUGAUUUGAGUAAUAUUUUUAAUGCAUUAAAAUCGGCCCAAGACACUCUUCGUCAUGUACAAUUCUCAACCAUCGAUAUUCGAGGUUACCCAUUGUUGGAUGUACUUGGGCAAUGCAAUAAUCUCGAGUCAAUUGUAUUUAACAGAUGCCAAAAUAUUGGUAAAUGUGCAAACAAGAAACCAACUACUCCCUAUUUCCCGAAUCUGAAAACACUUACACUUGACAAGACAUUUGUUUCCGUGCCGACACUUCGAGCAUUUGCCGUAAAUGCCGGCCACAGUUUAGAAGAAGUGUUGUUACGCGACGAAGGAUACCAAGAAAAUUGGAGUGCUGUUCAAGUAUUCGCCGUAAAUAAUCCAAACAUCAAGAAAUUUCAAGUGCAUGGUGUCAUUACUGAACUGCAACAAAUUUUACGAAUGGUCAAAGCUUGGCGUCAACUCGAAUCUUUGUCGAUUAUGCACACUAAAGAUGACGAGAGUGAGGACGAUGAGUUAUACGAGGCUGAUUAUUUCAUUGUAGAUCUCGGGGCAGCUAUACCAAGCACAUUGGAACACUUAACGAUACAGCUUGACUUGGAAUUUACCGCAGAAUCUCUAUUGCGAUUCUAUCAGAAUUGUCAAGCCCCGUUAAAGACAUUUGAAUUACCUGCCACCCAAAGUAUUUCGGAUGAUCAUUUAAGAGUGAUUUCGGAAUACUCACCUAACACUUUGGAACAUUUAAAUAUUAUCAAGGCAACAAAUAUCACCGAACGUGCCAUUCGUGCUGCUAGAGCUGUUGUCCCAAAUAUCACUUGUUCUUUCUAUUUGGCGAACCACAACCUGAUUUAUCGUGAUCAUGUAAGAAGAAUACUUGGAAAUUUCUUUCCGAGCUGGAAAGGCCCGCAACCUGAGCCAGAGCCAAUACCGCCAGAAGAAGAGCCAGAGGACGAGGGGGAGAGCGAGUACGACAUCGCCGAUGAAGGAAAUACAUCAACUGAAAAUGAGCCGAGUGAUGAUUCUGAAUUCGAACAUGAGGAAAAACUAGAUCCAGCAAUAUCAUUUAAAAUGAUUGAGAAUCCACUACCAAAAAGAAUAACAGAGUCUGGAAGACUCCCGGGCCCAAGUCAAUGCAUCGAUUAUCUUACUGAUAUUCCUCAGAACUAUCCUCAGAGACACGACCCUCUUGCUAUGUUUGAGGAUAUCGAAGAUCAAAUUAGUGAUGUUUAUAGAAAAGAGUUACCACGUCUAGGAGGCCUUAAAGUAAAGAUUGUACUUAUAGCUCACAUGUAUCGUUUUGUACAAGGAAAUAGAUUUGCGCAUCGAAUUGAUGCAAACAUAGCAUUUCCAAGUGAAAUCUUAGAUAUAACACGUCAAGACCACAUUGAUCUAAUAAUUUCACGACAGUAUCAUGAAAUCUUGGAUAAAAUCGAUGAAAUGGAACACAACCCAAAUUCUGGCUGGACUUAUGAAUAUGCAUACCAACCACUUCGAGGUAGCUCACAUUUUGCUUUACCUGAGGUAUGGGCAAAACCACAACUUGGGAUAAUAAAUCCCCAAGAUACAGAUAAAAAGUGUUUCGAAGUAUGCAUGAAAGCUCGCUUAGCAAGUGAAGAAGCUCGUAGAAUGGGUCGUAUCGAUUUUCCAGCUACAUUACGAGAUAUUGAUAAGUUUGAAGAGAAUAAUCCAACUUAUGCAAUAAAUAUUUUCAUUCCAGCAUACAUGGAAAAUGAUAGAGAAUUGCGAACUGCAAAACUUGAGCCACUUCGCAUUUCUGAGUACAAUUACCAGAGAGAUUACAUGGUAGACCUAAUAUUAUUUACGGAGGAAGAAAAUCUCGGGGAUCGUCGUAAUAUUAACGAUAUACCAGAAGGGUUAAAUACGCAUUACUGUUUAAUCAAUGGAGAGGAAGGCUGGAACCGAAUUAUGCGUAGUUGGAAUAAGUUUCAUGAACGUAAAUACUUUUGUCAGCAUUGUAUGAUUGCACCAUUCUCGAGACUAGAUCUACUUGAAAAUCACAGACAAUAUAACUGUCAUGGACGAAACAAUCAAUAUGCGGGGCAGAGAGAGGAUUUCCCAAAAAAGGGUAAACAUAUAAGUAAAUUUGAGAAAUAUAAAGCAAUGGAGGACGCGCCAUUUAUAUUUGUUAAAGAUCUCGAAGCUGAUAGUGAGGCAAUAGAAAAUAAUAUCAUUGAUGAAAAUACAAAUACCAUAAAGCUUCAAAAACAGCAACCAAAUAGUUUUGGUUAUACUUUAAUACAAAAGGAUGGAAAACUUAUAAAAGAGGUUAUCAGACGCACGCCAAACUCGAUUGCUGAAGCAUGGGAGAGCAUGCAACAGGAUUUAGAAGAAAUUAUUAUGCCAAUACUGCGCGCAUCCCAGCAUGGGUGUGUUAAGAUCAAAUGUGAAGGUACUGGCGAGAACCCAAAAGAGAUUAUGUAUCGUACAGAAGAGUUAGACAAAGAAGAAAAAUUUUUCGAUAUAGUUACCAAAUGUUACAUCUGCAAGGGACGCCUUCAAAUAGAAGAAAAGCAAAAUAAACCUGAUGAGAUCAAAAUUCCAAUAUUAUAUCAAGGAGGUAAGCAUUAUGACAUUCACCUUGAGCUGCGAGAACUUGGUCUAGUUACUGAUGACAAGAUCGAAAUAAUUGCAAAUAAUAUGGAGAACUAUAAAUUUAUCGACUCUUGUCAAUUCCAAUUUCCAUCUUUAGAAAAGGAGCGUUAUGAUCAUGUCAAAAAGUAUGGAAAGAGGCGAAAUUACUUCCGAAUGUCAAUGAAAAAAGUUUGCGGACUUGAUCCGGUCAAUUAUAUUACACUACCAUCAUAUGCAUAUGAUGGGCAGGAGGAUAUGCACGAAUUUUUCCAACGAUGGACGCGUGGUGGGAAUUCAAUGGCACCUCGUCGUAUUGCUCGAGCAAAUUUUCCAGGAAUGAAAGGAUAUGAUAAGCGGAAAGCUAACAAAUGGAUUUUAUAUCUAGAUGCUAAUAAUUUAUAUGUGUGGGCUAUGUCUCAAUAUCUGCCUACUGGUGGAUUUCGUUGGCUCGACCUGAACAAUUUGCCUGAUAUUCGAACCAUUUCUCCAACGUCUAAACGAGGAAAACGUCGAGUAGUUAAGCGUGUAGAGUUUAGUCCUUAUCAAAAUAAAGAUUUAAUUGACGAAUUGAGUAGAGGAAAAUUCGCAGAAACAGAAGAACUCGUCGCCACAUUGGAGACAAAAGAUCACUAUAUUCUCCAUUACCAAAACCUCCAGCAAUGUCUUGCCCUAGGAAUGCGACUAGUACAUGUAUAUCGAAUAAUGGAAUUCGACCAAUCUCCAUGGCUUGAGCCAUAUAUUAAUGCUAAUACACUUCGACGGCGUGACGCUAAAAAUGCAUUCGAAAAGGACCUAUGGAAGUUGAUGAAUCAUGCUGUCUUUGGUAAGACUAUGGAGGAUGUUCGACGUCGCACACGGGUCGAUUUAGUACGUCAAAUAGGUGAGGAGAAUCGUCUUCGAAAAAUGCUUGCAGAUCCAGCAUUGGUUGAACGCAAGAUCUUUUAUGGCUCAAAUCUUAUUGCAGUACAUCGAAGACAAACACAUGUUAUACUGAAUAAGCCUAUAUAUGUAGGAGCAACGAUUCUAGAUCUAAGCAAAUUCUUUAUGUAUGACUUCUGGUAUGGCCAUAUCAAACGAAAAUAUGGUAAUCGAGCAAAACUCUGUUAUACAGAUACAGAUUCAUUGAUUAUCGAAAUUGAGACGGAAGAUGUAUAUGCCGACAUGGUUGAAGAUGCAAAUCUACGAUUUCAACGGCUCACGAGAAUUAAAAAACAAGAAGAAAUUGAGGAUUUAACUAAAAAUGUACAAAAAGCAAAAGGAAUAGAAGAUGAACCCAGAACAGCACAAUUUCUACGAUGUGAACGAUUUGUGCCAUACAUAAUCCAGCAGACAAAAAAGAGUAUUAACCCACUCGAUUCAAAAAGAUGGAUCUUAAGCAACCGGAUCACAACUUGGGCAAUAGGAGAUUGUCGAAUUCCAAUGUAUUUAACCGCAUUAGAGCAAUAUGGGAAUAAUAUACCUCGAGAAAUACUGGCAGACAUGGGUUUAUAG